AAUGGAGGGAAUUAGGUGGGAGCGUGUAGGACGUGCACGUGUCUGUUCCAAAGUCUCCACAAGAUAGCGCACGCUACUGUGGGGAAAAAAAAAGUUUUAAAGUAGCAAAGAGUAAGAUUUAGUGACAUCUAGAGGUGAGGUUGCACAUUGCAACCAACUGAAUACCCUGCUCCUCAGCCCUCCUUUUCUUUCUAAGCGUGCUACAAAAAUCUAUGGUCCUCCAUUUGUCAAAAUAUGGGUCCUCAAACUUCUUCCAACACAAAAUGGUUAGCCAACACAGAAACUACUGCUGCUGCUUCUUUGUAUGUCUUUUAACCGGUGAUAUAGCGCCGCCAAAUUCAAAGUGUCGCUUCAAUGUAAAAGCGUGAAAGGCACUCUAGAGCCAGUGUUUGGUUUUUGUUCGUUCUGGGCUACUGUAGAAACAUGGCGACGCAACAUAAGGGCCUCUGAUGGAAGAGGACCCGCUUCCUAUGAAUGAGGGGCUUAUUUUAACCUAACGACAACACAAUGAUUAUAAUAGUUUCAGGACUGAGCCAACAAAUAGCAGCCGGAUUUUAAAAAAAGCAGCCGUCGUGGGACGACAGCUGUCAUGACGGGGGUGGGAGCAGAAGAUGACAUCCCACUUGGUGAGAGGAAAACUGUCACAGACUUCUGCUAUCUCCUAGAUAAGUCCAAGCAGCUUUUCAACGGCUUGAGAGAUCUCCCUCAGUAUGGACACAAGCAGUGGCAGUCUUAUUUUGGCCGUACCUUUGAUGUCUACACAAAGUUGUGGAAGUUUCAGCAACAGCACAGACAGGUGCUGGACACCCGAUACGGUCUCAAGAGGUGGCAGAUUGGAGAGGUGGCAUCCAAAAUCGGCCAGCUCUACUACCAUUACUACCUCCGUACCUCGGAAACCAGCUACUUAAAUGAAGCAUUUUCCUUCUACUCGGCCAUUCGUCAGCGUUCGUAUUACUACCAGGUCAACAAGGAAGACAGGCCUGAGCUGGUAGUGAAGAAGCUGAGGUACUAUGCUCGCUUUAUUGUCGUUUGUUUGCUGCUCAACAAGAUGGACCUGGUUAAAGUUCUGGUCAAGGAGCUGUCUGAAGAGAUUGAGGACUAUACCCAGCGCUUCAACACGGAAGAUCAAUUAGAGUGGAAUCUGGUGCUGCAAGAAGUUGCUGCUUUUGUUGAGGCAGAUCCAGUUUUGAUCCUGAAUGAUGACAACACAGUAAUGGUUAAAUCCAAUCGGCUGCAGGAGGGGGGUGUGCCCCAAUUAGAACCGGGCAUGGUGGUUGGUCAGCUCACCUUGGCUGAUGCUCUAAUAGUGGGCAAUUGCAACAAUCAGGUAAAGUUCAGUGAGUUGACCAUCGAUAUGUUCCGCAUGCUCCAGGCCCUCGAGAGAGAACCUUUGAACCUGGCCACACAAACCACUACCAAACCAGGGACACUUGUAAGAGAAGACUCUUACACCCUCCCUGUCUCUCUCACUGAGCCCAGUGAAAAGCCAGCCAAAAGGGAGAACCCUCACAAGUACCUCCUGUAUAAACCCACCUUCAGCCAGCUCUACACCUUCCUGUCUGCCUCCUUCAAGGAGCUACCAGCCAAUAGUGUGCUGCUGGUCUAUCUGUCGGCUACAGGGGUCUUUCCCACUGGACGUUCAGAAUAUGAAGGACCUUAUGACUUCGGAGGAGUUCUGACCAAUACUAAUCGUGAUGUGGUGAAUGGCGAGACGGUGCAGAAGAGAAACCAGGCACAGAAAGAGAUGCAUUGCCUUCACCCAGGAGACCUGUAUCCCUUUACCAGGAAACCCCUCUUUAUCGUUGUAGACUCAUCUAACAGCACAGCAUACAAGAAUUUCUCCAAUUUAUUUGGCCAGCCACUGGUGUGCCUGCUUUCUCCUGCCGUUUAUCCGAAGAGCAUGCAAGACCAGUCCCAGCGUGGAAGUCUCUUCACUCUCUUCCUCUACAACCCCCUCAUGGGCUUCUUGUCUGUCUGUGGGCUGACCAGCAUGCACCAGGGAUUGUGGGAAAAGGCCCAGGAGUUCUUGGGAAAAGUUUCCCACGACAUCGGCCAGAUGCUCACUAGCUCUCGAGCCAUCGACCAGGCCUUCCUGCAGUUCUAUGGGGAUGAAUUUUUGAGGCUGCUGAUGAUCCGAUUCGUGUUCUGUUGUGCUACUCUCCGACUCCAUAAGCUCUUCCGGGAAGCACAGAGUUUUCCAGAAUCUUACCCUCAGCUGCCCAAACAGGAGAUGGUGGAGAACAACCUUUUACAGAAACGCAUACUGGAGCUGGCUGCCAUGCUAGACGUGCAGAACCUCUUCAGUGAUGGCAUGUUAGAUAAUUAUUGACCACAUGGUGGCAUGCCAGCACUAUGCUACGAUACACGUUUAGACACACACACACACACAUACACAAAACAGAUCUCAUAGGUAGGACAUCCCUAAAGAACUUUCUGGUGGUUUAAUUUAACCUAUAUAUUUAGAUCUAGAUAGUUUUUAACAAUUUUACAAGUGAAAUGUCUCCAUCUUUGUGGUCAGGUAUUUACAGGUUUGUCAUUUUCAUUUAUAUUUUGAGAUUUGAGGAGAACUACAAACCCUCCCACAAAUAAUAGCCUCCAGCAUACAAGAUUGCACAUUAAUUUAUAUGUAUUUAUUGUAUACAGAUAUAAGCACUGGAGUAAGGACAGUCAUCAUAGUUAGAAAGGAACGCUGGAGAACAUAAAAUGUUUGCCAGCUGAGGUCAGUGAAGAAGAAAUGAGAAACAUUGAUGAUAAAUCAGUCAGAUUCUUCCAGAGAUUUCUGAGGAAAUUUGCAACAUACCCCUUUUUUCGGGAGAAAGGCAUUUUUGUGCUUUCUCUAAUUUAAGCCUUUGCCUCGGCAACGUUUACAUAACCUGUCUAAAAAGAGCGAACUGCAUGUGCAAUUGUUGCUUCAAUGUUCAGUUGUCUUCUACACGUCUUGCCUUUUUGUUUGUCUUCUAGUUUGUCUUUUUACUGUUUACAUGUGUUUUGCGUCGUGUGUUCUGUGAACUCGAGUUCAUCCUUUUUGAAGCAGAUUUGAAAUGGUACAACUCUUUUGGACCAUUCUAGUGUUUUAACCAAUUAAUGAUGUUUUUCUAUGUUCUAAAUGACAACGACAAGGAAUCUCGGAUUUUACCGAAAUUUUUUUCACAAGAUUAUUUUUAGCAUGUCUCUCAGAACUGUGGUUAGCCCAUACCUACGCAGCUGAUGUCAUAACCUGAUGUCUAAUUCCAUACGUGUGGUGGACACCUAUAGCUGAAACUCACAUUUUAGAAUGUUGCUGAGAUGUACAAGCUGUUAUUCCUACACAUAGGUAUACAAAAUGGAUUGUAAAUAUAUAUAAAUGUAUAAUUAUAAAAAGAACAAAAUGUGAUGCACAGAAGUGUGUCUAUCUGACUUGUUUUGCCAUAGAUGACCUGUGAAAAGAUGACUCUCUGCAUGUUAACUGAGACUGUCUGUGCAAUGUUCAUAAAUGGACCAGGAUGCUGUCCAGGUGUGCCCCCCAGAGGUAUUUGACAAAGUGCAGCAACCAGCAUACAUUCCAAGAACAAACUGCAUAUCAGGGGAAUGCUCUUUAUUCUCCUCUUUUAAAAUCUUCCUUUCACAUAGACAAGGAUAAACCAAUCUUAAAGAAAGUGAUAUGGUUAUUACUUUAGUUGUUUAUUACCUUAAUUGAUCAUGAUGAUGGUAAUAAUAAUAAUUAUAAUGACCAUGAUGAUAGCCCUGCACUUUACUGUAUUGAAGUUUGACUUGGUGAUGUUUGUUGUGCUGUUGGUAAGAGGCAUGUCUGAAACUGCUCAUUCCUUUGUCUGUUACAACCCUCUUGUGUUGCAAAUUCCUUUUUAAUUUUCUCUCUGAAAAAAUGCACAUUAAUUUUGAGCUCAUGUAGCCAUGAGCUACAUUCAGCACAAGUUAGGGCUUACACCAUUCAGAGCUAAAUUAGCUUUUCCAGAAUACAUUGGUUCUUUAACAUGGGACUAUUUGAGAUGAACUUGGCAAUUUUUAUUAUUUUACAAAUUUUGCAGAUUUCUAGAUUGACCUAUCCUCUUCCAUACUAUAAACUGAACACAGGUAGAGGGUGUUGGUACAAGUUCUUAUUGUGGCCAGUCACAUGGGACCACCAUGUUCUUAGUAUAAAGAAGCACAAAGGUCCAAUAACCAUGUAUCUUCUCUCUUUUGGAUCAUUCAGCAUUUAGAAGCCUUUGAGCCGGGGCACCAUAAUCCAGAACAUUUUCAAAAACAACACCUCCUCACCAUUGUAUUUGCUUUAAUAUUGUUUCAUUGUUUUCUGAGUGCUUUAUGUGUUUGGAUUUAUUCCGAUUCUGUGAUUUUCACAUCACAGACCAAAAGCAUUCUGGCAACUUAUCUAUAAAUCUUUGCAAAAGAGUUAAUGAUAAAUACAUAAAAAUAAAAAAUGUUUGACAAAAAAAGGAAAAAUGUCUUCCAAAGUAAGUGAUGCACAAUUCAUGUGCAAACGCUUGCAGCUGAGUGACCUCACAGAUUCGACGUGAUGAUGUUGCACACUUCACGUAACAGAAUGUAGGUCCAAAGUUUAUUAGACCAGAGUAUGUGGGGCAGGAAUCCAGACAUUUAGAUUGUGCACAUUUUUUUGCUAUCUCUCUUAAUCACUGCCAAAUAGAACCAGCCCCAUAGUUUACCUAAACAUUCCACUACACACUUUUAACGAAUCAACCUGUUGAGUUCUUAAUGCGUUUUACACUCAAUUUGUCCUUUUUGGUCAUGUGUUUUUUUUUUGUUUUUUUUUUGUUUUUAAAAGCUUUUUCCGCUGAAUGGAGGUAGGUUAGAGAGCAACUUGGAAGGAAACAGAUGGAGGGUGUUUCCGCUACCUGAUCAGUAGACCUUCAAAUGUCGUAUUUUUACAUUUCAUUUUUGUGUCAAAGUAUCAGUAGGGUUGGCUUGUCAGCCAUUAACAUUAUCUAAAGAUGCCAUAGAAAUGGUCAUCUGUAUAGUCAUGUCCUUACAAUUGUAUAGAACUUGUUGUAGCACUUAGUGAAUAAGAAGCAUUCCAGCAAUUUUUAAACUAUUCUCUAUCUGCUGCAUAAGCAGCAUAGCUGAUUAUUACAGAAGUAAUUUUAAUGCGUUUCCCUGGACUUAGAAAAGAACCAAAAACCAGCUGACUGGAAAACUCUAAAGAGAAAUGAUCAACCGUAUGACUAGGUUAUGCAUCUGUGUCAUACGGUUAGGAUUAGGUUAAAAACACUGGUGUAUUACUUUAAGGAAACAAGAUCAGGGUUGAAUACGGACUAGAAGCACAGGUCCUAAAUGGGGAAAAACACCUGAAUGCUGAACUGGGCCAUUGACUACGUUUAAGCAAAACAUUUUUAUCAUUAUUAUUAUUAUUAUUAUUAUUAUGAUUUGGCCAACACAAUGACACUUCGGUCAUAAUCUCCUGUAAUGUGUUUUUAACUAAGUGUAACUACCUAUGGAGCCCUCUUUAUAGUUAAUGCUGUCAAUAUACAGUGGCAUUGACCUAAGGGAAUAGAAUGAAAAGGAGCUGUUAACAUUUUUUUUUUUUCUGUAAAUGACGGAUUUGAGCAGUGGCUUGUUUAGAACGCCCCCCCCCCCCACUUUCUUUCUUAGCAGUUCCUACUAUACUGGGAGGAAUGAUUUUAAAAGUAAUGGUCAGAAUACUCUUUCUUUAUAAGUUAAGGGGUUCUACAGUUUCCACUUGAAUUACUUGCAUUCUCCAAUUGUCUUGUGUUUUUGUAAUCGCUUGUGGCAGGGGUGGUUAACUGAGGGCUGCAGUAAAGCACAGGUUGGUGUUUUUCCUACUCUAACACUCUGAACACGUCUGGUAAUUAUCUGAUGAGUUGUAGCAAAUGUGUUGAACAGGACAGUUUGCCAAAUUGUGCAGGAAUCUGGCCUUCCAGAACUGCAGUUCUCCUCUGCCUUGUUUUUGUCUGUUGCCAAAUUAUACUUGAUGUUAUGUUCCAAAAGGAAAAAAGAACAACGAAAAUGUGAUGUCAAAAAUGCAAGCUUUUUUGUUUUACAGAAUGCUAUUUUAAAAAAAUAAAUACAUUUUGUUUUAUUUAA